CCGGAAGCCGCAAUAUCCUGGAACAAGUAGUCGCAACCACCACUUUGACCCUUCUCCCAUUUCCUUACAACACCGACCCGCAAGAACUCCAACGAUGGUCAUUUCAUCAAUGGCGGCUUCAUCUGCAAUCUCAUCUAGCUCCUCUCUUUUCGUCAGCCAGAAAGAUGCGGGCGUGUCUCCAUUCUCCACACAAUCAUCCAAAUCGGUCCAAAUAUCCCAGAAAAAAGUAUCGAGGAAGAUCGUAUCCGUCAUGGCACCACGACAAUCUGAACGAAAACCAUCCACGACUGGUUCAGUAAAAACUGGGAUGACAAUGACAGAGAAAAUAUUUACAAAAUCAUCUGAGAAAUCCCAAUUGAGCCCUGGAGAAAAUGUUUGGGUGAAUGUUGAUGUGUUGAUGACACAUGAUGUUUGUGGGCCCGGUGCCAUUGGAAUCUUCAAGAAAGAAUUUGGAAGUGAUGCCAAGGUUUGGGAUCGUGAAAAAGUUGUCAUUAUUCCUGAUCAUUAUAUAUUCACAAGCGAUGAAAGAGCAAAUAGAAAUGUUGAUAUCAUAAGAGAUUUCUCAAAUGAGCAAAACAUCAAGUACUUUUAUGAUAUCAAAGACCUUGGUAACUUCAAGGCUAAUCCUGAUUACAAAGGUGUGUGCCAUGUUGCUCUUGCACAAGAAGGUCAUUGUAGGCCUGGAGAGGUCUUACUUGGGACGGAUUCCCACACGUGUACAGCCGGAGCAUUUGGCCAGUUUGCCACCGGAAUCGGAAACACCGAUGCCGGAUUUGUGUUAGGAACCGGAAAGCUAUUGCUUAAGGUGCCUCCAACUUUAAGAUUUGUGUUAGAUGGAGAAAUGCCUAAUUAUCUCCUUGCAAAAGAUUUGAUUUUACAAAUAAUCGGUGAAAUAUCUGUAUCUGGUGCAACAUAUAAAGCAAUGGAGUUUGUUGGAUCAACUGUUGAAAGUCUAACAAUGGAAGAAAGAAUGACAUUAUGCAACAUGGUUGUUGAAGCUGGUGGGAAAAAUGGUAUUGUUCCAGCUGAUGCUACUACUUUUAAAUACCUUGAGGACAAAACAUCUCUGCCUUAUGAGCCAGUUUACAGUGAUGAUCAAGCAAGAUUCCUUGCUGAGUACAGGAUUGAUGUUUCCAAAUUGGAGCCCCUAGUGGCAAAGCCUCAUUCACCUGAUAACCGUGGCUUAGCAAGAGAAUGCAAAGAUGUCAAAAUAGACCGAGUCUACAUCGGAUCUUGUACAGGUGGCAAAACUGAGGAUUUUCUAGCUGCAGCCAAAGUUUUUCUAGCUUCAGGCAAAAAGGUCAAAGUACCGACAUUCCUUGUUCCCGCUACUCAAAAGGUGUGGAUGGACGUAUAUACCCUUCCAGUGCCAGGAUCUGGUGGGAAGACUUGUUCCCAGAUAUUUGAAGAAGCUGGAUGUGAUGCCCCUGCAAGUCCUAGCUGUGGUGCUUGUUUGGGUGGCCCUAAGGAUACUUAUGCACGCAUGAACGAAGCUCAGGUUUGUGUAUCGACUACAAAUAGGAACUUUCCUGGGAGAAUGGGCCACAAAGAGGGACAGGUGUAUUUGGCUUCACCUUACACUGCUGCAGCUUCGGCUUUGACUGGUUUUGUGACUGAUCCAAGAGACUUUUUGCAAUAAGUUUUCUUUAUUUUGUGACACGACUUUGUUGUAUGGUGUCAUAACUUGAAAACUAGUUGCUAAAGAUUGGGUUUUAGCGUGUUAUUGUGAGAAAAAAAACAUAUGAAAUGAUAAUAAUAUGUUGGUGUAUGUUUUUUGUUA